GCCUGAAAUGCACACUCUCCAUUUUCCUUUGCUGCUGGGCAGGUGGUUUUUGCUCUGGGAGCCCUGUUCAACACCUUCUGGCUGAUGGAAGUGGGCAGGUUCAUUUUUGGGAUUGGGGGCGAGUCCCUGGCCGUGGCCCAGAACACCUAUGCUGUCAGCUGGUUCAAGGGCAAGGAGCUCAACCUGGUGUUUGGAUUGCAGCUCAGCAUGGCCAGGAUUGGGAGCACGGUGAACAUGAACAUUAUGGGAUGGAUCUACUCCAGAGUGCAGGAUCUGCUGGGCCACGCUGGUCCCAGCACCCUCGGCCUGGCUCUGCUCAUAGGUGGGGUCACCUGUGUGUUCUCACUGAGCUGUGCUCUGGUCCUGGCUUACCUGGACAGGAGGGCAGAGAGGCUGCUCUGUAAGGAGCAGGGCAAAACAGGAGAGGUGAUCAAGCUGACAGAUGUGAAGGAUUUCUCCCUGUCCUUGUGGCUCAUCUUUGUCAUCUGUGUCUGUUACUACGCUGCAGUUUUCCCUUUCAUUGGCCUGGGCAAGGUUUUCUUUAUUGAAAAAUUCCGAUUUUCCCCUCAAGAAGCCAGUGCAAUCAACAGCAUCGUGUACAUCAUCUCAGCCCCCAUGUCCCCAGUGUUUGGCCUGCUGGUGGAUAAGGUUGGCAAGAACAUCAUCUGGGUGCUGUGUGCUGUGGUCACCACGCUGGCCUCACACAUCCUGCUGGCCUUCACCUUCUGGAACCCCUGGAUAGCCAUGGUAACUCACAACUAAACAGAAAUUAAAUACUGA